GCUAUCAACCAUCUCGGGCCAAGUCCUUCACAUGCACAACCCCCGCCCACUAUCAUCUUACACAAAGCCCUUCACUUCUCCUUACCUCUCACUAAUAACUAAUAAAACAUCUUCCCAGAAGCUUGGAUCUGCUGUCGGCGGCAAGCUAAAGGACGUGGCUUGACAGAGUGGACGCGGCGCUCAGCCUCAAAUCAGCACAUGCUUGCUCGACAACAGGUGAUGACGUUCAUGCAUGGCAGCACUUGACACCCCUUGGCUAGAUCAUAUGUCCACCCCUUCACGAUCCGCCAACGAUGCUUCGCCGCAGCCAAGUGGGGACCCUAAUCCGCCCACCUAUGCUACCUUCUCUCCCUCUACAAUAGGGCAAGCAACACCCCAAACGAAGAUCCGUUCUGCAAUUCUCGUGCAUCAAAAGUCGCCUUUACUCGCCGCAACACCUCCUCAAAUUACGCGCGUGCUUGCCUACUCACAUCCAUUUCUCCUGCCACUCAACAAGCUUGUUGGACUGCUCACUUGGACAACUGGCGACCCAUGGGAGAGCUUCCUGAUAGUUGCAGGAUUCUGGGCGGCGGUGUUGUAUGGAGAUGUGGUGACAAGAUUCGCGGGGCCGAUCAUCGUGGUACUAUGCCUGAUUCUGGGUAUGUAUGCUCGGAGGUACUCCCCGCUGUCCUCGACCGGGUGGACAGGAGAGAAAGGGCAGAAAGGACAUAAUAGAGCCGAAUCUGAGAGCAAUAUUAAGCAUCAUAAGAGCUUGGAGGAACUUGUAGACACGCUGAAGCUCUUCACGUCGCGGUGCAAUAUCCUCCUAGACCCGUUUCUGCGGUUGACAGACUUUCUUUCAACACAAAGAACAGCAACAUCCGCAACUACAAGACCUGCGCUCACUACACUAUUUGUCCGCAUAUUAUUCGUCACGCCGCUAUGGAUCAUCCUUACCCUCCCACCGUUCUACAUAAUCACAACGAAACGAGUGGUCCUGGCUGUCGGCACUGUUGUCCUCAGUUGGCAUUCCCGGCCGGCGCGCGUGUCUCGCACUAUCCUAUGGCGCUCGAGAAUAGUGCGGCGAGUAUGCGCUGCCAUCACCGGACUGCAGCUUGGAGAGGCCGAUCUGAAAACUAAGAAUGGGGCACCAACACUACCUCCACGACGAAAGAGCGCGCAAGAGAUAGCAGCGUCUCUUGCAGCAAGGCGGCGGCCAGACUCUCCCGGCGUUCGGUUCACUUUCGCUAUCUACGAAAAUCAACGUCGAUGGUUAGGUAUUGGGUGGACUUCAUCAAUGCUUGCUUACGAACGUGCUGCCUGGACAGAUGAACACCUCAAUCCCACCCCAUCAAGGGAUCAAUUUGAGCUUCCGGAGGUUGAAGGUGGUCAAGCAAGGUGGAGGUGGGUUCAGGGGAGUGAAUGGAAAAUAGAAGGUACAGAGAAGGGUGGAAAGGGCGACAGAGAAAGCUCCGGGGGAGAUGGGGCGGGUUGGAUUUACUACGACAAUAAAUGGCGGGAUGGUCGUCGUGGCCAGGACGGGUGGGGACGCUACACCCGUCGACGCAAGUGGUACAGAGACGCUGAACUCGUGGAAGUGACUCCUUCUACCGAAGUGACACCCAUCCCAACCCCCAAAUUCGAACCAGUAGCCGACUCCUCUGAGCCACCUACUCCAACACCCAAACUCUCAACCUCUAGUGAGGCAGCAAAUGGCAGGCUCUCCUUAGAUGAUAGCGUGUCAAUCACGGACGACACUGAUGCAGGCAGCAAUAGGUCAAAACGAAGCUGGUUCAAGCGAAAAACCCGAAGUCGGCCAGGAAGUGACAAGGCGGCUACGAUAGCCAGCUCAACAAGCACAGAUCUAAGUCGACGGAGUGAUGAGGAUGAUGUGCAUACGCCGCUAGAAAGAACUGCCAGAGAGGAUGAGUGGCGGCUUGGAGACGACAUACGGAUGCAACUAGACAUUUGAGCGCGUAGUGCGGGUUAUUAUCUUUCUUCCUUCCAUCACCUGCGUGUAUUACUAGCCGCUAUUUCCUCCAAGUAUACCGAGCAUGAUGGCGUUCAAAGUUUUGAAGUGAGGCGAUUUACCGCUCAAUCUUCCUUGUCUCUGGGAUUUCUUCGGGCCAUCUGGGGGACUUGGAUUGGAGCAAGGGUGUUAUCCCAAGAGUAGGUAGCGUAGAUGGUGAAC